GACACACAUAGAGAGACACACAGCCACAGAGACACACACAGACAGACGGCGAGAGAGCCAUGCGUCACACCGUGUGUUGUGUGGUGGUGUUGGUGGUUUGCAGCGUGUGUCUGGGUGGUGCAGCCUCGGAGGAGCAAGAGCCCCAGAAUCCGUUGCUGACCGUCCAGCAGAUUAUUGAGGAUCCCUUCCCAGGGCUGCCAUUCUCGCCGCACCUCCACACUCACGAGGGCUGCCUGCAAGAGCCCCCGCCCUCCGUGCCCGCGGUGGACUUCCCGGCCGGCCGACCGAGCGCGGAGAACCUGGAGAGCGUGUGCCGGGCGGGCCGUGGCCUGAACCUGCGGGCGGGCGUGCGGGCGCCCGCCUCGGGCCACGGGUGGCUCGUGCGCCGCCUCGACUCGCUGCGCCGCCUGGAGCGCGCCCUCGAGCGUUGCUGCGAGCGCGGCCACGGGCAGCUGCGGUGCGCCGGCAAAGCGUGGGAGCGCUCCAUGGACGCGUUCUGCGCGGAGGAGGCGAUGGUGAAGGCCCGGCAGCACCGCUGCUGCGUGGAGCACGCCGCCCGCGUGGCCCCGCGCUACGCCUGCUUUGCGGCCGAAGCCCCCGACCCGGCCUACAGCCUCCGCGGGGCCCACGCGGCCAAGGGAAGCCGCGGCCGACACCGCGGUGCCCGCGAUGUCGGCCGCGCAGGCAAACGCGGCCGCUGCCGUGGAUGCGGCCGCCGCCUCCGCGGAGGCAAGGACACCGCACGGGGGCCUCGGGCAUUGGGAGUGGAACUAACUGGGCACCCGGGACCACUCGACCGUAAUUAA